CUUGGCUGUAGUUGGCGGAUGCCGGCGCUGGGGAUCGGUCAUUUCGUGUGGUCGGUUGCUGUAUUGCAUUAGUAUUUUCUGUGGGCGCUUUUGCCUGCUCAAGGGGGGAAUUGUCUUAAACCGCUUUAACUACAUCCAGACGGUUCCAAGUAGCCACAAGACCCCGUGUGAGGUCUUCUAGCUUUCCUUUCAUCAUUGUUCACUAAACAUCGUCAAUGUCCGACGCAAAAAAGAUAGUGUUUUCAAUCAUCCAGUUCCUGAACGCACAGCUCCAAGAUGGAGGGCUAUCUCAAGACAGCCAGGAGAGCCUGGAGGUGGCCGUGCAAUGUCUGGAGACGUCGUUCGGGGUGACCGCCACCGACACCCACCUGGCCGUGGAGAAACCGCUGCCGCAGAUAUUCACCGACGGCCUCCAGCUCAAGGCGCAGGCGGCGGCGACCGCCAGCGCACCGCCGCCACCGCCACCGCCGCCGCCGCCCCGCGCCCCGGAGGCCACGCCCGAGCAGAAGGAGAAGGCCGAGGCGCUCAAGAACGACGGCAACAUCGCCGUCCGCGAGGAGCGGCUGCACGAGGCCGUCGACAAGUACUCCCAGGCGAUCGAGCUGGACGGCAACAACGCCGCCUACUUCAGCAACCGCGCGGCGGCCUACACCAAGCUGGGUAACUACACGGCGGCCGUGGAGGACGCCCAGCGCGCCCUGCAGAUCGACCCCGCCUACACCAAGGCCUACAGUCGCCUGGCGCUGGCGUACGCCGGGCUGAACCGGUUCGAGGAGGCGCAGACGCAGAUCAAGCGCGCCCUCGAGCUGGACCCGGGCAACGAGAGCUAUCAGAACAACCUGCAAGUGAUCGAGACCAGGAUGGCCGAGGCCGCGCAAGCUGGAGGCGGCGGUGCGACCGGCCUCCCCGGCCUGGGCGGCUUCGGCCAGUUCGCCAACAUGGGCGGUCUGAAUCUCGAGGCGAUGCUCAACAACCCGGCCAUGAUGAACGUGGCCGCCCAGAUGAUGCAGGACCCCAACAUGCAGCAGAUGAUGAACGGCCUGAUGAGCGGCGCGGGGGCGCCCGGCGCCGGCGCCGGGGGCGGCGGCUUCGAAGCCCUGCUGCAGGCGGGCCAGCGCCUGGCCGAACAGGUGCGCACCACCAACCCGGACCUGAUCGAGCAACUGCGCCAGCAGAUGGGCGGCCCGGGCGGCCCGGGCGGCGCGGGCGGCCCAGGCGGCCCGCCGCCACCGCCACCUUCCGGAGACAGGUAGACGCCAGCGCUGCCCAACGGCUGCCAGAGGAAGCUCGACUGCGUGAUCCUGGCGCAGGAGGCGGCCGCGGGGGAGCACGUGCCGCGAGCUCAGCGCCCGGUCCGCCAAUCACGGUGCAUGUUUUGUACCCUGCUACCGUGUCGGACGCGUUGCAAUGCUUUCCCAAAGCCUUCGUGUGUUGGCAUGUAUUCGGACCGCACUAAUAAAUGUGGUCACUAUC